AUGUUGUGUUGGAUUGGGUUGUGUUGGGUUGUGUUGGAUUGGGUUGGGUUGUGUUGUGUUGGGUUGAGUUGUGUUGAGUUGGGUUGUGUUGGGUUGGGUUGUGUUGUGUUGGAUUGGGUUGUGUUGGGUUGUGUUGGAUUGGGUUGGGUUGUGUUGUGUUGGGUUGUGUUGUGUUGGGUUGAGUUGGGUUGUGUUGGGUUGUGUUGGGUUGGGUUGUGUUGGAUUGGGUUGUGUUGGGUUGUGUUGGGUUGUGUUGGGUUGUGUUGUGUUGGGUUGUAUUGGGUUGGGUUGUGUUGGAUUGGGUUGUGUUGGGUUGGGUUGUGUUGGGUUGUGUUGGGUUGGGUUGUGUUGGGUUGGGUUGGGUUGGGUUGUGUUGGGUUGGUUUGUGUUGGGUUGGGUUGGGUUGAGUUGUGUUGGGUUGUGUUGUGUUGGGUUGUGUUGUGUUGUGUUGGGUUGGUUGGGUUGUGUUGGGUUGUGUUGUGUUGGGUUGUGUUGGGUUGUGUUGGAUUGGGUUGUGUUGGGUUGUGUUGGGUUAUGUUGGGUUGGGUUGUGUUGGGUUGGGUUGUGUUGGGUUGUGUUGUGUUGUGUCGGGUUGUGUUGUGUUGGGUUGUGUUGUGUUGGGUUGGGCUGUGUUGGGUUGUGUUGUGUUGGGUUUUGUUGGGUUGUGUUGUGUUGGGUUGGGUUGUGUUGGGUUGGGUUGAGUUGGGUUGUGUUGGGUUGUGUUGUGUUGGGUUGUGUUGGGUUGGGUUGUGUUGUGUUGUGUUGGGUUGGGCUGUGUUUGGUUGUGUUGGGUUGUGUUGUGUUGGGUUGUGUUGGAUUGUGUUGGAUUGGUUUGGGUUGUGUUGUGUUGGAUUGGGUUGUGUUGGAUUGGGUUGGGUUGUGUUGUGUUGGGCUGUGUUGGGUUGUGUUGUGUUGGGUUGUGUUGGGUUGUGUUGUGUUGGGUUGGGUUGUGUUGGGUUGUGUUGGGUUGGGUUGAGUUGGGUUGUGUUGGGUUGUGUUGUGUUGGGUUGUGUUGGGUUGGGUUGGGUUGUGUUGUGUUGUGUUGGGUUGGGCUGUGUUUGGUUGUGUUGGGUUGUGUUGUGUUGGGUUGUGUUGGAUUGUGUUGGAUUGGUUGUGUUGAGUUGGGUUGUGUUGGGUUGGGUUGUGUUGUGUUGUGUUGGAUUGGGUUGUGUUGGGUUGUGUUGGAUUGGGUUGGGUUGGGUUGUGUUGUGUUGGGUUGAGUUGGGUUGUGUUGUGUUGGGUUGGGUUGUGUUGGAUUGGGUUGUGUUGGGUUGUGUUGGGUUGGGUUGUGUUGGGUUGUGUUGGGUUGGGUUGUGUUGGGUUGUGUUGGGUUGGGUUGGGUUGUGUUGGGUUGUGUUGGGUUGGGUUGUGUUGGGUUGUGUUGGGUUGGGUUGUGUUGUGUUGUGUUGGGUUGUGAUGGUUGGGUUGUGUUGGGUUGUGUUGUGUUGGGUUGAGUUGGGUUGUGUUGGGUUGUGUUGGGUUGUGUUGGGUUGGGUUGUGUUGGAUUGGGUUGUGUUGGGUUGUGUUGGGUUGUGUUGGGUUGUGAUGGGUUGGGUUGUGUUGUGUUGGGUUGUGUUGGGUUGUAUUGGGUUUUGUUGGGUUGUGUUGUGUUGGGUUGUGUUGUGUUGUGUUGGGUUGAGUUGGGUUGUGUUGGGUUGUGUUGUGUUGUGUUGGGUUGAGUUGGGUUGGAUUGGGUUGUGUUGGGUUGUGUUGGGUUGUGUUGUGUUGGGUUGGGUUGAGUUGGGUUGUGUUGGGUUGUGUUGUGUUGUGAUCGGGCUGAAGCUUCUUUGA